AUGGAUUCGCAGAGACGCCAUGACCAGAGCGUCCCCGAGAGGAAGGGGCAAAAGCGGAAACUAGAGGAAGAAAUAGUUAUCGAAGAUGAACAACAGCAACAACAACGAGAGAUCUCUUCUUCGUCUUCUUCUGUACCUCCCUCCGAUGCGCGACAAGCGUUAUUGUGCGAGGUUAGUGCGCAGGUUAAUAUCCUUAACACCGCUUUCUCUUGGCUGGAAGCUGAUCGCGCCGCCGCCAAACGCGCCACUCAUGUCCUAGCCGAGCUCGCCAAAAACGAGGAGGUUGUGAACUGGAUUGUUGAAGGUGGAGCGGUUUUGGCUUUGGUGAAGCAUCUACAGGCGCCGCCGACAACUGAGACUGACCGUGGUACAAAGCCGUUUGAGCAUGAAGUCGAGAAAGGAAGCGCUUUCGCCCUUGGUCUUCUGGCUGUAAAGCCAGAGCAUCAACAACUUAUAGUUGACAAUGGGGCCUUGUCACAUCUUGUGAAUUUGCUGAAGAGGCACAAGGACAGUUGUGGUUCCCGUGCUGUCAAUAGUGUCAUUAGAAGAGCUGCUGAUGCUAUCACCAACCUUGCUCAUGAGAAUAGCAACAUUAAAACACGUGUCAGGAUGGAAGGUGGGAUUCCACCUCUUGUUGAGUUGCUUGAAUUUACUGAUACAAAGGUGCAAAGAGCAGCUGCUGGGGCCUUGCGAACUUUGGCAUUUAAAAAUGAUGAAAAUAAAAAUCAGAUUGUUGAAUGCAAUGCUCUUCCUACCCUCAUUCUAAUGCUUCGAUCUGAAGAUGCUGCUAUUCAUUAUGAAGCAGUUGGAGUGAUUGGAAAUCUUGUACACUCAUCCCCAAAUAUUAAGAAAGAAGUUCUUGCCGCUGGAGCAUUGCAACCUGUUAUUGGUUUACUUAGCUCCUGCUGCUCUGAGAGCCAAAGGGAAGCGGCUUUAUUACUUGGACAGUUUGCGGCAACUGAUUCUGAUUGCAAGGUUCACAUUGUACAGAGGGGUGCUGUUCGGCCUCUAAUUGAGAUGCUCCAAUCACCUGAUGUGCAACUGAGAGAAAUGUCAGCCUUUGCCUUGGGGAGGUUGGCACAGGACACACACAACCAAGCUGGAAUUGCUCAUAAUGGUGGUUUAGUGCCAUUGCUGAAGCUUCUUGAUUCAAAAAAUGGUUCUCUGCAACAUAAUGCUGCAUUUGCUCUUUAUGGUCUUGCAGAUAAUGAGGAUAAUGUAUCUGAUUUUAUUAGGGUGGGAGGUGUGCAAAAGCUUCAGGAUGGAGAAUUUAUUGUUCAAGCAACCAAAGAUUGCGUAGCAAAGACAUUGAAAAGAUUGGAAGAGAAGAUUCAUGGACGAGUUUUGAACCAUUUGUUAUAUAUGAUGCGUGUGGCAGAGAAGUCUGUCCAAAGACGAGUUGCUUUGGCUCUUGCUCAUCUUUGUUCCCCUGAAGAUCAGAGAACUAUAUUCAUUGACAAUGGUGGAUUGGACUUGCUUCUUGGGCUUCUUGGUUCUACGAGCACUAAACAGCAACUUGACGGUGCUGUGGCUCUUUACAAGUUGGCCAACAAGGCAAUGACACUUUCUCCCAUGGAUGCAGCUCCCCCGUCUCCAACACCACAGGUUUACUUAGGCGAACAGUAUGUAAACAGUGCUACCUUGUCAGAUGUUACCUUUCUAGUUGAAGGUAAACGGUUUUAUGCCCAUCGAAUAUGUCUACUUGCUUCUUCAGAUGCAUUUCGUGCAAUGUUUGAUGGUGGUUACCGGGAGAAGGAUGCUAGGGACAUUGAAAUUCCUAACAUUAGAUGGGAGGUUUUCGAGUUGAUGAUGAGAUUUAUAUACACCGGAUCUGUAGAUGUUACAUUAGAUAUUGCACAAGAUCUCCUCAGAGCUGCUGAUCAGUAUCUCUUGGAGGGACUUAAGCGACUCUGUGAAUACACAAUCGCGCAGGAUAUAUCGUUGGAAAAUGUUUCUAGCAUGUAUGAACUUUCAGAAGCCUUCAAUGCUAUAUCAUUGAGGCACACAUGUGUCUUGUUCAUCUUGGAGCAGUUUGAUAAACUGAGUGCAAGACCCGGGCAUUCCCAUCUGGUCCAGCGUAUUUUACCAGAAAUCCACAAUUACUUUGCGAAAGCUCUCACUAAACCUAACCAACAUAUGCGGCUAUAGAUGGCCAGUCAUUGAUUCUUCAACUCUAACUAGAUACGGUGUACAGAAAGUAGUAGAUCUUCUCACUGUUAUCGAGCCAAUUACAGAUUCUAAUUGGGUGGCUCAUAACCAUUCCUGAUGCCAGAGGUAUGUUGUUUGUAGACUCACUGUAAGUUUCUUUCUGCGGGCUCAUAAUCAUUCCUGUCCCUGAUGCCAGAGAGUUAUGUUGUUUGUAGACUCACUGUAACUUUCUUCUUCAAGCCCUUUGUCUUGGGUUGGGGUAUUGCGCCUUCACAAAACAUUAUUGCUUUUCAUGGAUUGUGAUGGUUGUAAACUCAGAAAUGUAUUUUAAGAACUCUUCAGUGA